AAUAGAUAUAAGAUUGGUAAAAUGAAUUCGAAUACCCUUUUGGAUAGAAGUCUGAACGAAAAGGUGAAAUCAAUUCUUGCUUUGUUCUUCUGCCCCCAUAUACGAAUUUUGAAGAAAAGGGAGAAACCCCAGCGCCAGGCUUUUGAGCAAUUCGUCAGAAUUGAAUUAGGGACAUAAAUUAAUUAAAGAGCUCCCAGUUGGCGAUUGAUUUUUUCUUCUCCGUCGACGAAACCUUCCUGGAUAGAGUGGCGCAAUUCGAUUCCCUCCCAAGAUUUCAGAUGCAACGGGCUAUUCUCUACAUCGGCCAAGAAUCCAUCGGUAUUCGGGAGCGAUUUGUUUCUUUUCGAUUGCCCCAAUCUUGAAGAAACAAUGGCGGAGGAAGGGGGCGGCGGCGGCGAGGUUUCGUCCGGCAGGCGAUCUGGGGCGUCGAAUUGGUUGACCAGCUUCCACCGGGACCUGACGGCGGGGGCGUUGAUGGGGGGCGUGGUGCACACGAUCGUGGCCCCCAUAGAGAGGGCGAAGCUGCUGCUGCAGACGCAGGAGAGCAAUCUGGCAAUCCUGUCCGGGCGGGGGCGGAGGUUCAAAGGGAUGGUGGAUUGCAUCGUCCGCACGGCCAGGGAGGAAGGCAUUCUCUCAUUGUGGAGGGGCAAUGGGAGCAGCGUCAUCAGAUAUUAUCCCUCUGUUUCCCUCAACUUCUCUCUCAAGGAUCUGUAUAGGAACAUCCUACGAAGCAACUCCGGCAAAGGCGAUCUCCUCUCGGGGCCGUCUGCCAAUUUCAUCGCCGGAGCGGCAGCAGGCUGCACGACGCUGAUCAUCAUAUACCCUCUGGACAUUGCGCACACGCGCCUCGCGGCGGAUGUGGGCAGAACGGAAGUGCGACAGUUCAAAGGCAUCUGCCACUUCCUGCGGACAAUCCACCGGAAGGAUGGGGUGCGGGGGAUCUACAGGGGGCUGCCUGCGUCUUUGCAGGGGAUGGUGAUACACCGGGGCCUAUACUUUGGGGGGUUCGACACGGUGAAGGAGAUGAUGAUGGCGGCGGAGGAGUCGAGAUCGGAGGUGGCGCUGUGGAAGCGGUGGGUGGCGGCACAGGCGGUGACGAGCGGGGCGGGGCUGGUGUCGUACCCGUUUGACACGGUGAGGAGGCGGGUGAUGAUGCAGUCGGGGGCGGAGGAGCCCAUGUACAGGAGCACGGCGGAGUGCUGGAGGAAGAUAUAUAGAGCGGAGGGGGUGGGGUCGUUCUAUAGAGGGGCGAUGUCGAACAUAUUUAGGAGCACGGGGGCGGCGGCGGUGCUGGUUUUGUACGAUGAGAUCAAGAAACUCAUGAACUGGACAGGGUUGUAGCAGCCUUGUAGGGAAGGUAGGUAGGUAGGUAGGUAGCACGUAGAGUAGAGUAGGGUAGAUCAGUAGAAUGGAGGAUGAAUUGACGAUGAUGAUGAUGCAUGAGAGUCGAAACAUUGAUUGAGAAGGAAAGAAACAAGUGUGUUGUCUGUAUGUAUGUUCAAUUGUUUGGAUGGUUUUUGUUUGUCUGUCUGUGGAAUGAAUGAUACGAUGUCUUUUUUGGUACACAUUGAAGUUAGCUUAAU